CGCUUGCAAGUAUUUAGAAAUUAGUCCUCACUGACACACACGUCUUGAGUUCACUCACGAACAGUUCAGAAGCUGCCGAAAGUCAGGCCACUGAGAGCGCGUGUAUCAGGCUCAGUACAGCAGCCAGCAAUGGUCCCGGCCGAGUGACGUUCCACACACCGCUCCACCGCGCACGCAUACCAAACCCAAAGAUGACGCGGCUGUUCUUCGAACUAUUUUCCUUAAUAUUCUACUUCGCUCAGUCUCACGCCAUGAUGAUGAGAAAUGAUGCAUUAAUAUCGAAAAUGGUAUCAGACUUUCAAAAAGACAACACGAUGUCUGCCACGCAGCGCUCCCCCGACCAGCCACAGCAGCCACAGCUGCAGCCGUCGCACCAACAGUCGCACCAAAAGUCGCACCAACAAUCGCACCAACAAUCGCACCAACAAUCGCACCAACAAUCGCACCAACAGUCGCACCAGCAGUCGCACGUACAGAUACACAGGUCGCAGCAGGACCUGCAGAACCCCGACAUUCUGUCUAUGAUGCAGAAUGUGCUCUGCAAGAACUUCCCCACGAUACCGUGCGGCAUGAUCGUGGAGGACGACACGCUGCGCAACCUCAUCGAGCGCUCUAUACAACAGCUCAAGUACAAGAAACUGUCCAUGGAGAAGACGACGGCAAUACCCGGCUACCACCUAACAUUGUUUCCCUCUAUAAACAGCGAGGAUCUGUCAAAUUUUCUGCAAGUCAGCGAGAAUGGCUACUAUAAGAACAAGGCCGAGAAAUCAAGAUCGAAGAAACACAAAAAAAGAGUCGCGAAGGCAAACGUAGAACAACCGACGGGGGAGAGAGACAACAAGAAGAAAAGCAAGUCGAAGAAGGACAACACGAGGACCACACUGUACAACGGCAGGAAGAAGAUAAGGAAGUUCUAUCCGCACAAAAUAAAGUACAAGGAUAAGUCGAAGGGAAGGAAGGACUUCGUGGACUAUUCGGAGGAGAAGCUAUCAAUGUCAGUGGAAGUGCCAGACCUAAACAUGGGGGGAGCAGGGAUAGGUAUAGCCACCGGCAGGAAGCGGUCGGACCACGUCAACUUCAAGAUGGAGCCCGUGGACCCGCCAGUGUGGCGGAUAGACUACAUGAAGCACGGCGAGCCCAGCCUCAACGUGUUCGGCUACGAGCCGGGCCGACUCAAGGAGAAGCUAGUGAAGACCGGACCCAACGUCAUCGUCUCCGAGAACGUGCUGGAACAAGCCGCCAGGAAGGACGUGCUACAUCCUGACGUGUAUAUUAAAAAGAACUUUAUCAGGAAGAACGUCCUCGACAUGAACUCUGGCGCCAUCGACUAGUAGCAGGCUAGCAGCAGAUUUUUAUAAAGAUUUAUUACAUUCUCACAGCAUCUCGUAUGAUCAAUUAAAUUAAUAAUAAACAUCAAUUUGUAAGAGUUUUGUUUCUACGCUCGUCAUUACCAUCACCAUCAUCGAUAUUUGUAUUUAAUUACUGGCAGCCAGACAGCGGAUAUCGUCACUCCACUUAGUGAAUUGUUUGUCAACGUCAAGUUACAGUUAAAUAUAAUAUGUUUUGUUGUCUGACACCGAGUAACAAUUUGUAAAAUAACUGAAUAGGUCGAUAAAUACAUUUACAUUGUUAACAUUCUAUCGAAUAAUCCAAAGAUUACUGAUACGUUGAGGAUCGCAAUAUUUUAUCAAUUGCGAGGUAUUACAAGACUUAGCACUAGAUCUGAUAACAUUACAUUAUUAUUUUGUUCUAUGUGUGGCAAUUUAAAUACAUAGGUAUUUCUAAGGUUGUAGGUAUGGCCAAAUACAUACUUUUCUCUGAAACACAGAGAUGUGCAAUUAAUUUCUUACUGUCACUGUCAACCUUUUAUUUAUGUAUCGAGGUAGAUAAGCUGAAACUCUUAAAAUUGCACGACACAAAAUGAUUGACCGCCUUCAUUAAUAUAAUUCAUUGUUUGAUGUUGACACGCACUGGAUGUGGUAUUCAUUAUCUUUACCACUAACAACUUGUUGCUGGCUGACGAUAACAACUCGUUAUCAGUUGUUGAUGUAGUGGUAGCAUUCACUCACUUUAUCAAAGAUACAAUGUUCAACUAACUAAUACCUAAUAAUCACAUUAUAAUAUCAUAUUAUCAUAUUUUUCGCGAAAUGUAGAUAGAAUGAUAGAAUGGCUGUGAAUUCAACUCAUAUUAUAAAGGUAAAAAAAAAAUAAGCUAUAGAAUAAAGUUCUUCAACCGCCUGUUAUUUUUUAAUAGCACUAUAAAGUCACGUGUCCUGCUAUUUGCUCAGUAUUUAAAAAUAGGAGUUAUUGACAUUUAUUCAUAAAUAAAUGUAUUUAUGGAAAUGUAAAUAAACAGAUCGUAUUUUUUUAACACAAUGUACAUGAAUUUUGCCAUCCACAAUAUUUUACAAUCAGAUAAAGAGAUACCAACACACUCACAUAAAAUUAAUAAUCCCCUACAAAAAUAAUCGCGUGCGGUUCCCACUAUCUUUAUAAUAUCUAAGAAAAAAUAGGCAUGCGACAAA